UCCUGUUAUUUUGACAAUACUUAAUAGUCGAGGCUUUUUCUCUGAUUUGCAAUAUUUUUCAAAUGUUUUAAUUCCAAUCAAAGAAGCAAUUUUGGCAGUUAAAGCAAAUUGUUCUACACUUGCUGACUGUUAUAUUAAUUUAGUAAAAAUUGCUAUAGCAAUUCAUAAUCUUUCUACUAAUAAAUAUAAAGAAUUUCAUAAUAAAUAA